CCUCACUUCCUCUGAACGCAUUGGGUUUGGCUUGGCACUCUACCUAGUAAGCCGCCAUCUUGGAUCUAGCAAUCAAGCAAACCACCCAGACUUUUGAGAUGUGGGGACUUUAACGGAACUUGGGGUUUUUAAGGAACCAACACCACCUGGAAGCGAGGUUGUGGGCAUCGGAAGCUGGAAAUCAACAGAAACUCAAACGUCAAAAAACUGGCAGCAAAUUCUGAGACCGGUUUUACUUGAACUCCCCCUCCCCUCCCCUCUUUCCUUGUCUGAACGUUCUGAGCAGUUGUUGAGGGCCUAUGAAGUAUUGGUACAAUUCUUUUACCAUUUCAACAGACUAUUUUUUGACCGAAAAGGGAUUCGGACACUUUUCACUUCAGUGUUAUGGUUUGUUCAUGGUCAAAUUUGAGGGGGAAGGUCUCUUUUUUGCAUUCUGUCCCACUGCCGGUGUCUGGUGAGUUGUCUACAGUAAUGCAGAUUGUUAAUUUGCUUAAUUAGUAGAGGCUUCAAUUCUUCCAGCGUUUAAUUUAGCUGGAACUUCACGUCGGUGGAUGCACAAGUUCAUGUUUUUCAAAAGCAGUCCUGAACCUGUUUUUCUUCAUCUGUUGGACUAAGGUGGAACAAAGUCUAAAAUAUAUAAGAGCGCAGAACCACUUCGGGGAUCAACACAUUAAAAUGUCAACCAGAACACCACUACCUACUGUCAAUGAGCGCGACACUGAAAAUCACACCUCGCACACCGAUGGCCGUAAUGAGGUCAGCGCACGGCCAGGCCGUCCUGGCGCCCGCUGCCGGAACUCCAUCGCAUCGUGCGCCGACGAGCAGCCCCACAUUGGUAACUACAGGCUGCUCAAGACUAUCGGCAAGGGCAACUUUGCCAAGGUAAAGCUGGCACGCCAUAUCCUCACAGGCCGAGAGGUUGCCAUAAAAAUCAUCGAUAAGACCCAGUUGAACCCCACUAGUCUUCAAAAGCUCUUCAGGGAAGUCCGAAUAAUGAAGAUCUUAAACCAUCCAAACAUCGGUAAGUGGACACACAAAAUCCUCUUCAUGUCACAUGCCGGAGACGGAGAGCUAAACCUUACUUCAAUUCAGGAGACUCGGUCGACACAUUCGGAAAUAGUCUUGUGGCAGGAUUGA